CCAUUUUUUCCGGGAAAACGCAGCCAGCCAAUCCCCUCCUUUCCCUCGCCGUUCGAACAAAUUUAGAGACCAACAAAUAACUACACCAAUUAAUCGUCCGCCUCUCUAUUAACCCGCGCCUACCUAAUUCUAACCUCCAUUUCAAUCCCUUCCUUCCUUCCGCACGCACGCGCGCACGCCAUGAGGCCACCGCUCGUCGCCUGCCUCGUCCUCCUCCUCCUUUCCGCGGCGGCGGCACCGCCGGCCGGCGCCAUCUGCGUGCCACGCAAGCCCGGCGCGGGGGGCAAGGUCGGCCCUCUCCCUUCGCCGGCCAAGCCGACGCCGCCGCAAUCGAAGCCGACGCCGCCGAAGGCCACGCCGGUCGCCCCCGGCGGCGACAUCGUGAAGGCUCUGUGCGCCAAAACGGACUACCCAGACGUGUGCGUCGCUGCCAUCGGCAAGCAGCCCCCGCCCGCAGGGAAGAAGCUGGACGGGCCCGGCGUGCUGGAGAUGGCCAUGGCCGUGGUGCGGGCCAAGGCGGCGGAGGCCAAGAAGGCGGCGGAAGCGCUCAUCGCCGACCCCAAGACGCCGAAGCUGGCGGUGGGCCCGCUCCGCGACUGCGCCGACUCGUAUGACGACAUCCCGUACAGUCUCGACCACGCAAUGAAGGCCAUAGCCGCCACCGACAAGGACACCACGGGCACCAUGCUCGAUACCUGCCGCACCGACGUCGACACGUGCGACCAGGGCUUCGAGGACCGCGAGGAGCUCCCGCGGCUCAUGUCCAAGCACGACGCCGAGCUCGCCAAGCUCGCCAGCAACUGCCUCGCCAUCGCCCAAGCCGUGGGCCUCCACCCGGGCCAGUCCUGAAAUUCUGAGGCCUAAAAUAGUUUGUAUACGUAUAUACUAUUAUAUAAUGUUACUGAUAAACAGCAAAUAGGUGCAAACCGAUAUUUAUCAUAAUUUAAACAUUAAUAUCUUCAAAUUUUCUUCUGA